AUGAAGAGAGCCGUGCGCAUCGUGUACCACUGCCCGUGUCCCGACGGUGCGUACGCCGCCCUGGCGGCCUACCUCAAGUUCCACAAGCAGCCGGAGGUGGAUCUGGACUUCAUCCCGCACAGCACCUACCGCGCUCUGCCGGUCGAGGACAACCCCGCCUUCACCCCCGACGCCGAAGUCUUUCUGUUGGACUACGUGGGUCCGGCCGACUUUGUGCACCGCGUUGCGAAGAAGGUGCGCCAUGUGACGCUGCUGGACCACCACAAGACAGCCUUCGAGCUCAUGGAGCAGUGGAAGUCCGAGAACAGCCUCCCCGAGAACUUCGAUUUCCAGCUGAUCAACGAGAAGUCGGGGGCCACCAUCGCCUACGACUACUUCUCCAAGGACGCCAUCCUCAUCGCCGACGAGGCCGAACGCGCCAGGAUCGAGCGGGCCUACGCCUACAUCGAGGAUGGCGACCUGUGGCGCAAGGCCCUGCCCUUCUCCAAGGAGUUCUCCACUGGCCUGGGCGCGAAGAGCGUGGAGUUCGACUACACCAAGAACAAGUCGCUCUUCCUCCAGCUCCAGCUCUUGGACGCGGACAAGCUCAUUGAGGAGGGCAAGGUCGAGGUAGAGCGGGUCAACAAGAUCAUCGCCGACAACCUCACCCAAAGCUACCCGAUCAAGCUGGGCGGCAAGGACAACGACUUCGGGAGCUGCCUCGCGGUGCUGACCACGUCGCCCGAGCUGCGUUCCGAGAUGGGCCACCAGCUGGCCCUCAAGAGCGCCGCGGCGGGCCUCAGGGGCUUUGGCGCGAUCUGCUACGAGGAGGCGGGGAUGGCCGACGCGGACAAGAACUACAAGGUCUCCCUGCGCUCCAUCGAGGACGAGGACACCACCGUCGUCUCCAAGCGCUUCGGGGGCGGCGGCCACAAGAACGCGUCGUCCUUCAUGCUCCCCAAGGACCAGUGGAACGAAUGGAAAAACGCCGCCUGA